AUGCGUCUGGAAUUCACCAGUUGGAUGUUUGGACUCCUCGCUCUGCUGGCGAUCCUCCUCAUCCUGGCAGAUAUUUCCGAAGUGGAGAUGGAAUUCGGGUUUACAGAGGGAAGGAGAGCCAUGAAGGCAGCCAAAGGUACUCUACAGGACAAGGGUUGCAGGGAGGAAGUGAUCAGAGACAUCUCAUCCAGCACACCUCAGCAGAAAGCUGAGAAUAAGGAGAUCAUCGAACCACAAGCAAGGCACCCUGAAGUACCGGAGUGGAAGCUUAAUGCUACGCUAACAGCAAGGAUAAGGAAAGAUAUUCUGAGGUUUCUGGAUGCAGAGAAGGACAUUUCAGUGCUGAAAGGAAAACUGAAGCCGGGAGAUAUCAUCCAUUACAUUCUUGACAGGGACAGGACUCUGAAUAUAUCCUAUAGCCUGUACGAGCUAUUACCAAGGACAUCACCAAUGAAAAAUAAACACUUCAAACAAUGUGCAAUUGUGGGAAAUUCUGGGAUUCUGCUCAACAGUGGCUGUGGGCAAGAGAUUGAUGCUCAUGAAUUUGUGAUAAGGUGUAAUCUUGCCCCAGUUGAAGAAUACGCACAAGACGUUGGUUUGAAGACCGAUUUGGUGACUAUGAAUCCUUCGGUGGUGCAACGUGCAUUUGAGGAUCUGAAGAACAAGACAUGGAAGGAGAAGCUGCUGCACCGGUUAAAAAUGCUGAACGGCGCCAUACUCUGGAUCCCAGCGUUUAUGGCCAAAGGGGGAGAAGAACGUGUAGAGUGGGUGAACAACCUCAUCAUAGAGCACAAAAUCCACGUGCAGACUGCCUAUCCAUCACUGAGGCUCCUACACGCAGUGCGGGGGUACUGGCUGACUAACAGGGUCCUGAUCAAACGCCCCACUACUGGCCUUUUGAUGUACACACUUGCCACUCGAUUCUGUGAUGAAAUCCACCUUUAUGGCUUCUGGCCCUUUUUUAAGGACCAAAAAGGGAAUGCAGUGAAGUAUCACUACUAUGACAGUCUGACGUAUGAGUAUAACUCCCGGGCUACACCGCACACAAUGCCACUAGAGUUCAAGACACUGAAAAACAUGCACCUCAAGGGUGCAUUGAAACUAAAUGUGGGAGAGUGCAAGUUGGCAACACAGGGUUAGAAGGAAGUGAAGGGAGGAGGGAGACUCUCCACAGCCAACACUG